UUCUCUGUCUCUGCACUUUUCUUUUCUUUUCGCUAACCCUUUCCUCUCAACCAUGGAGCACUUCAACAACGACGAUCUCGAGUACGUUGUCGACGAGUACUACGACGUUCCCGAUUUUGCAGUCGAAGACACCUCCUCCGACAUUGUUCCUGAACUAACCUCCGAUGUUGACUCCGACUUCGAAGACGAGUUUCCAACGAGUAAUGCAAAGACUGAUACCACUGCUUCCGAAGCCAGAAACGGGAAAGAUAUACAAGGAAUCCCGUGGGAGAGGCUUAAUUAUAGCAGAGACAAAUACCGCGAGACCAGACUCAAGCAGUACAAAAACUACCAGAACUUCUCUCGCUCUCGUCACGACCUCCGCAAGGAGUGUUUGGAAGUGCAGAAGGGGGAGACUUUCUAUGACUUCUUCUUCAAUACCAGGCUUGUCAAAUCCACUAUUGUGCACUUUCAGGUAAAGCUUUCGUUCAUCGCUGUUUAUUAUGUAGAUUCCGGAACAUUCGGAUCAUCGUUCAUUUGCGAUAUUCUGCCUUUUACUGCUACAUGUCGGCUAUUAUUAUAAUUAAAUAACUUUAAACCAUGAGCAUGUGUUCAUUGAUCUGACAUAUCAUCGUCUUUAUUUUACUUUCGUAAUUUUAUUUUUUAUUUUUAUGAACUAUUUUCAUCAGAUAAAUGGAUUUUUUGCUUUAAUACGUGCAGGGAGUUCUUACUGUUGUUCGCAGCCAUACCUGGCUGAGUUAUCAGACUGUGAAAAGUUUUGUUAUGCAUAAUUUUGCAAUUCUAGUUUUGCAGGGCUAUGUAAUUAUGUAUUGUUCCUUUACACACGGACGGAGUUAAAGGCUACCUCGUUUAUAUAAGGAUUUUAAAAAAAUUCUCAGCCACUAUGAAUCUUCUUCCACGGGAACAUAAUAUAUUAUGUCAAUAACAACUCUAUUCUGGGUUAAAUUUGUGCAAUGUCUAGAUUUAUUUACGAAAAAGAAAUGAAUCUUCUUUACGAAAAAUUCUUGAUGAAGAUGCUUCAGCAGUUUCCUUAUAAUUUGCUGAAGGAUUUUAUGCCAGAAUUUUAUUCACCAAAUCCUCAUAUUUUUGGGUAAAUGUUUUGCAAGGAUGCUUUUUUCUAUCCGUUUUCACUUUGUUUGUUAUUCAACUUUCUUUCUUAAAAAAUAAAGGGAGUCAAAUUUUCGAAAGAAUUAUCUCCAAUAGACACCAGAUAUUCUUUUCUACAGACAAAAGACAGUUUCAUGCCAAUUUAUGGAUAUGGAUGCAUCAAGGCUAUGGUAUGACUUGACAUUCAUAAAAAAAUUGUUGAUUUCCUGUGAACAUAUUGUGUUCCAUCUGUAUUAAUGUGCUUACUUGAAACAUAAUGACGGUGCACACACAGCACCUAUCUACAUCCACGUGUAACACUUUGGAUUAGACAAGUAGAGCCUUUUUCUAUCGACUUUGUUCCAUCUUUUCUCAGAACUAAAAUGAUUCUGUGUUGUAUUAUACCAAUACUGUUUCAAAGUGGAACUGGCAGAGUCUUACUCUAUUAAAGUUAGCCCACCUUACAUUAAUUUUAGUUCUGCGUUGAUGUGCUUUCUUGUUGAAUUCCCGGAGAGGAAAGCUUACAUUGUUGACAGACUGUCUUGUAUUCUCUUUUUUACUUUUGACAAUGCAAUUAGCUUUCAUAUUUACUACUGGUGUCACUAGGACUAUAAUAUCGGUAAGUUCUGUACUUGUACAGUUGCAGAAUAUCCAUUACAACUGCAACAGUACAAUUACAAUUGUUUAAUAAUUCUUAAGCUAAGGUGUCAAUCCCAUACCCUUAUACAAGCAUACAUACAUUCUUCUUUGUAAUUGAUAUUUAUUCGUGUAAGUAGUGGCUGUAGCAUUAUUUUUUUUUCUUCUGUAAUUUUAUUUAUUGCUUAACCUGUUUUGCAUUUGGGCCCUCUAUUUCUCUCUUUAUCUCAGCUUCUAAGGCAGGUGGAAUGUGAGCAGCUUGGCAGGACCUAAUAUUAUGCUGAGGAAUUUGUUGUGGGCAACUUCGAAGCAUGAUGUAUACUUUAUGCAAAACUAUUCAGUGAUGCACUGGUCCGCAUUACUACGAAGGGGUAAAGAAGUGCUUAACGUAGCCAAACCAAUUAUUCCAACCCUUAAGCGUCCUGGAUUUUUAGCUCAACCUGUCUCCAGAGUGCAAAUAAGCACCAUGACUGUUAAGGAAAAUCUGAUGGUGGCAGGUGGUUUCCAGGGUGAGCUUAUAUGUAAGAAUUUGAAACAUCCUGGAGUUCUAUUCUGUGGUAAAAUAACUACAGAUGAUAAUGCCAUAACCAAUGCUGUGGAUGUUUACAGCAAUCCUGCUGGGUCAUUGAGGGUCAUCACAGCAAAUAAUGAUUUCCAAGUUCGGGUUUUUGAUGCAGAGAAUUUUGCUUCUCUUGGUUGUUUCAAGUAUGAUUGGUCUGUUAAUAACACUUCUGUUAGUCCGGAUGGAAAGUUGUUAGCUGUUCUUGGGGACAGUACUGAGUGCUUGAUAGCUGAUGCUAACACCGGAAAGAUUACUGGGAGCCUAAAAGGGCACUUGGACUACUCUUUUUCAUCAGCUUGGCACCCAGAUGGACAAAUAUUGGCCACUGGGAAUCAGGACAAAACAUGCAGAUUGUGGGACAUAAGAAAUCUUUCACAGUCUAUGGCUGUGUUAAAGGGAAGAAUGGGUGCAAUAAGAGCCCUAAGAUUCACAUCUGAUGGACGAUUUUUGGCCAUGGCUGAGCCUGCAGACUUUGUCCAUAUUUUUGACUCACAUUCUGGUUAUGAACAAGGUCAAGAGAUAGAUCUAUUUGGCGAGAUUGCUGGCAUAUCCUUUAGCCCGGACACAGAGGCUCUAUUUGUGGGUAUUGCUGACCGAACCUAUGGUAGCUUGUUAGAGUUCAACAGAAAACGUCACUAUAAUUACCUAGACUCGUUUUGAUGGAGUGGAGUGCAUCAAGAUGUACAGCAACUACUCCAUGUGCAUAUCCACCAGAGGAUUUCUCAAAUAGGUUUGAAAUAUAUAUGGUGAAAUGUUUUUCUAGGGUUAUUUUUCUGUUGAAUUUAGUGGAGAAGCAAGUUGUAAAUUUUGGCUAUAGGAAGCUAUUUUUGAGAUUUCUUUAAUUUUGAUUUUAUUAGCGUUGGAAUAGCUGAUUAGUUUUUCCUUUGUAAGAAUUUAUUUGCUUGCUAUUGAAUAUUAAAAGGUAAUGAAAUCAAGCAAUAUAUUGCUUUAAAAUUAUUUUUC